AUGGAGUCUCCACACCCUUACUGGGCAGACCACGACCACUCCGACGAGCAUCUGAACCUGAUAUUCACCACUUUUCCCCUUACACUGGAACCACCUCACCCUUACCGGGCCGACCAUGACCGCUCCGACGAGCAUCUGGACCUGAUGUACACCACAGUCCGACAACAGCGCUCGCUCUCCCCUCCCCGCUCCGUCUCGCGCGAUUCCGGCUAUUUCAGCCCAUCAGAAUCGCACUCCCACGCUCGAGGAAAGCUCCGCACCAUCACUCUGACGCGGAUGCCUCCAGUGACACCUCCACUGUUUGCAGAAGAGGAGGAUCAGACCUUGCUAGCAUGUCGAGCUGAGGAACGGCCAUGGAGCUCAGCAUGGUCAGCUUCUUCGGAGAAUUUGGUGUCCAUCAGCGACCUUGAAAGCGAGGAGAGGUACUUGAUAGGAAAGUCAAGGCCCAGCGGGGGCAACAUGUUUACCCGCGGCCUGCGAAGAGCUUGCGAAUGCGUCGGCGCGGCGGUUGUGGCUACUGGGAAGAAGAAGGUCGGGCCGACCGGCUCGGGAGCUGAGAAAAGUUGUGGAAUUGGGGGUUUGGAUGGCGCGGUGGAAGAUUCGAACGUGGCGAGUGGAAGUGCGGGUCUCGAAAAGUCGAGCGCGCGUGUGGAGGUAAUGCAGAAGAUCAAGAGGACGCUGUGGUGUAAGAAAGGGCCAGUACAGUUGAAGCAUGCUAAGUCCGCUCCAUCGCCCAACCAAAACAAAUUGGCCGGCCAAAUGUUCAGCAGGAGCAGAAGCCUCCACAACGGCUCACCCGACGGCCUCGGCCUCGACGUCCUCUUCCCCCCCCGCCGGCACGAGCGACGAAGAUGCGAUCGUGGACAUCGUCUUCGUGCACGGACUGGGUGGGUCGAGGUACGGCACUUGGGCGAAAGACGGCGUCCUGUGGCCGCGGACGGUACUCGCGCCGGACUUUCCGACGGCGCGGAUCUUGACGGUGGGUGGGCGGGAGUUGGGCCGUGGACUGUGCUGAUGCUGACGUUACGGGUGCAGUGGGGCUACGGUGCAGAUGUCGUUCGGUUCUUCGGGCCGGUGGGACGGUCUAACGUGCAGGAUCUUGCGAAAGAUCUGAAUAGGGAUCUUCUGCAGGAGCGGUUUGAGGAGUAUCAGGCCCUAUUUAUGUCAUACCGCGAAGGAGUCAAGGAAGCUCGUGAAGGCGCCGAUAAGCGCCUUGCUGCAAUUAAAUCUUCCACAAAGGGUGUGCUAUUCGCAGGAACACCUCAUCGGGGUGCGGACAAGGCAAAAUGGGCAGCCACUGCUACCACUCUGGCGUGGUAUCUACAAAAGGAUCAUUCUAAAGAGGUCCUCAACACUCUGAAGCGAGGAUCCGAAGUCCUCGAAAGACUGCAAGACAGUUUCAAGGAUAUCCUGGAGCACUUCGGCGUAUACACAUUCGUCGAAGACGUCGGAUAUCCGAAAGUUGGCAGGAUUGUGGAAAAAGACUCUGCGAUCAUCGGCUGGCACGAAAAGGAGUACCACAUGCAUGCAAACCAUUGCGAUAUGGUCAAGUUUGCCAGCGAUAAGGAAAACGACUACAAGAAGGUCAGAUUUGCUAUUCGAGAGAUCAUAAAGGACCGCAUCGAGGGAGGGCGUCCAGAAGCGAACGUACAAUCUGAUCCUUCAAGUCGCAGCAACAGCCGCCAGUGGCUGAGUGACGUGCCGCGCUCAAAUUCUCAGCAUAUCAGCCGUAGUCAACAACAGGGUCUUCUAGCUACUGCUAAGGAGAGUACUCUCGAAGAUAUCUUAUCUCGACAUGGCAAGCCAGCUGGGUGGUCUGCGAACAGCGGAGAGUCUAUGAACAACCAUCUGGCAGAGCUGAAUGAGGGCCAGAAUUUCUGCAGAGGAGAUUUUAUAGCCAAGAGCAUAGAGCAGGGCACACGCUUUCUAAAGCAAAGAGACGGAAACCUUGAGCAAAACCUCGUCACCGCUCGGACACACUUUGCACUUGCGAGAGGUGUUUUAGGGAGGUCACCAAAUCCAGAUCCGGCAGGCUUCACACAAGUUUACUAUCAACUCAUGAACGUCGAAAUGGAAAUGAGUUAUAAUCGAACCUUGAGUGCAGAAGAUAAGAUGUCGCACCUGCAAGCUGCUGAAUGCUAUGGGGUCGAGGCUUCUUCUUGGGCCCGUAAUGGAGGUACUGCGGGAUGUGUGACGCAAGUGAUGCUCCAACAAGCUGUUUUAAAAGGCAGAAGAGCAGAGGUUGAUGUUAGGCUGGGUUUGAGUCCUCAGGAGGCCCGCCGGCAGAAGGAUGAAGCCAUUGCAGCGAUCACAGGGGCGCUGCAAGCGCUGCAGUUUUUUAAAAGACCGAACCUCGCAAAGACUACCGUCUGGGCUAUGAAUUGGCGAAAUCGGUUUGAGCUUUCCAAUCAGCGAGUGUAA